CUCUCUUUUUUUUUUUUCCGCUAUGUUUUCCUGUUAGCGAGCGCUACAUCAAAACAGCUGUUCGAGCUUUGUUGUUUCUUCUUUUCGACUUCUUUAUUCAUCCUUAAACCACGAUAUAAAGGUUAAAAUAACCACACGGCUACCUCUAAAGUAUGGACGAGACGAGUCCGCUUGUCUCUCCGCUGCGGGACUCUGGUGACUUUAGCUACUGCCCCGUGGAGCCCGCCAGCCCCCGCGGCGCCUUCGGAAGCACACCGGGCUCCGUGGUGCGUGUCCCGGCCAGCAGUCCGGACCGCAGCCGGGAGAGACAGCCGCUCCUGGAUCGGGACCGAGGGCACACGUCUCGGGAGCCGCACCGGAACGAAUUCCCAGAAGAUCCCGAGUUCAGAGAGAUCAUCCGUAAGGCCGAACGAGCCAUAGAGGAGGGGAUCUACCCGGAAAGGAUCUACCAGGGCUCCAGUGGAAGCUAUUUUGUGAAAGACUCACAGGGGAAAAUCAUCGGGGUGUUUAAGCCCAAAAAUGAAGAACCUUACGGCCAUCUGAAUCCCAAAUGGACUAAGUGGCUCCAGAAACUGUGCUGUCCCUGCUGUUUCGGGCGCGACUGUUUGGUUCUAAACCAAGGUUACCUGUCAGAGGCCGGGGCCAGCCUGGUCAGUCAGAAACUGGAGCUCGAUAUUGUUCCCAGGACCAAGGUGGUGUACUUGGCAAGCGAAACGUUCAACUACAACGCUAUAGACAGGGUGAAGUCCCGAGGAAAGAAGCUAGCUCUGGAGAAGGUGCCUAAAGUGGGCCAACGGUUCCACAGAAUCGGACUGCCGCCUAAGGUUGGCUCCUUCCAGCUCUUCGUUGACGGAUACAAGGAUGCAGAUUUUUGGCUGCGGAAGUUUGAAGCGGAACCUCUGCCUGAAAACACCAAUCGGCAACUCCAGCUGCAGUUCGAACGACUCGUAGUCCUCGAUUACAUCAUCAGAAACACGGACAGAGGAAAUGACAACUGGUUGCUGAAGUACGACUGUCCCAUGGAUCCUGGCAAUAGGGACACAGACUGGAUAGUAGUAAAGGAUCCCAUCAUCAAGUUAGCAGCCAUAGACAACGGCCUCGCCUUCCCUCUCAAACACCCCGACUCCUGGAGAGCUUAUCCCUUUUACUGGGCGUGGCUGCCCCAAGCCAAAGUUCCUUUCACAGAGGAACUCAGGGAUUUAGUCCUUCCCAAACUUUCUGACCCAAACUUCAUUAAAGACCUUGAAGAGGACCUCUACGAGCUAUUUAAGGCAAGAAGGGCUUCAUUUUAUUCAUUCAGCCUUUAUUUAUACAGAUUAGUCUCACUGAGUCACGAGAGCAGAGUAAGAGAAGACUUUUUAACGGAGUUCAGUCCACACUGA